GGGCGGCUCUGCCGCGGGGCGGCGGCGCGGCGUGGGCACUGCGGGGCUCAAGGACGGACGCACUGUCAGACCCGGGCUCGCAGGGCCGGCGAGGGGGCUAUAACGCCUCCAGUCGACCAGGAGCUCCCAGAGGGCAGGGGGUUGUCCCACCCCCUCUGUGCCCUGCCCCAGCCCUGGCCUGAGUUGAAUCGAAGACCAGCUGCUUUCCUCUUCCCUGCUCCCACUCUGCCCUCUCACCUCCGGCCAUGGUGCCCCUGCUCGCCCUGUUCCUGGUGGCCUUGGUGGGCCUGCCUGUGGCCCAGGCUCUGGACUGCCACGUGUGCGCCUACAAUGGCGAGAACUGCUUCAACCCCAUGCGCUGCCCGGCCAUGGUCACCUACUGCAUGACCACGCGCACUUACUACACCCCGACCAGGAUGAAGCUACCCGGGGGUCUGCUUCCAGGUCAUGACCUGUUGUUUUCAGAAGGCCGAUGUGGGACCACACCUCCCAAGGCAUCUGGCUUUGACGGGGCAGCUCAGCCCCCUCCUCUAAGGAUGGGGGUGUGGGCACGGUGUGCUGUUUAUGGGGGAUCUUCAGUUGGCCGGUGAACACUGACGUGAAGGGGACCUCUGCGUCUGCCCUGUAAGUGUGCUGGAGGGGGAGGGGAGAUUAGGGACCCAGGGGGUGGGGAACAGUCCUAGAAAGAAGGCUCUCCAGGGUCCUAGGAGGGCUGCCCAGGGCAGGUGUGGCAUGGCAGGCCGAUCGGGGAAGCCCUGUGCCCCCCGUCCCCCGUCGGCCGUCCCCUCGUGUCUAGGCAGCCCUUGGCAGGGGAGGAAGUGGGUCAGCCUAAGGAGGCCCGUGAGGCCCCUCCAGACCCGGCGCUGGGCCCCUGCGCAAGGCCUGAGCCUGGAGAGGCCAGGCUAUAUUUGGUCGAGCUUGAGAGCUGAUCCCAGUACUAUUUUGGGCCAGGAGGGAAGGGAGCAGAGAGGUAGCCACCCGAAGCCUGGCCUUCAGCCCUAAGCAGGCCCUGGCGGAGUGCGCCUCUUUACGGGGGGCGGGUGUUUGGGGCGCCGAGGAUUCGCCGGGGCGCCGAGGAUUCGCCAGGGCGGGGGCGGGGGCGGUGCAUCCUUGAACCGGAGCGGGGCGCCCUCUGGUGGACGCUUGGGGCCGCGCCGGGCAGGGGUGGGCUCGGUCCGCCGGAGGGGAGGGGAAGGGAAGGCAGG